AUGGACCCAGAGCUCCCACACUACGCCCGCACACACUCUACCACACUACGCCGAGACCGCCGGACUAGUGCGGGCGCGAAUUCGUUCAGCUCCAGUCCCUCGCUGUCUACCCGCACGCCGGUGGAGCAUUUAUAUCAUCUCACGAGCUCAAAGGGCCGCCCUUGGUUGACUCUCAAGGUAAUAAGCAAUGCACCGGCAUCUACCUUUCUUCCGUCUUUCUACGAAGGCGAGCCGAUUAAGGGUUCUGUGACGCUGGACCUCACGAAGGAAGAGUCUAUCAAAGCCAUCUCUGUACAGGCCAUCGGUGAGAUGACGUCCUCGGUCACAGAAAUCCUGAACUUUGUGCAAGUAUCGGAAACUCUGUGGAAGUCAUCCGCGCCCCCAGAGCCGUCAUCCCCGAGCGGGAGCCAGAAUGCUAGCAAGCUCGUAGGGGAACAUAGUUGGCCAUUCUCAUUGACGUUGCCUCCCGUAUGCCAAGUGAGGCUGCCGACUGCCACAGCAGAGACUUUUCCCCUUCCGGGUUCCUUCUCCGAACGGCUAGCAAGAGUCCACAUACAGUAUCAAGUGAUCGCAACCGUUCACCGGAGCCGAUUUCGCGUAGACAACAGUAUUAGCACCAUCAUUGGCUAUAUCCCCAUUAUUAGGCCAGAGGCGCCUUCGAUAGCGCGACAGAUUGCCUACCUCGAGAAUACGCCAUUGCCCGGACCGGAAGCCGAUCCAGAGGGAUGGCACUGUCUUGAGCCGCUCCAAGUUCGAGGCUCUGUCUUCUCCACGCGCGAGGUCGAUGCGAAAUGCACGUUUGCAUUAGCCAAGCCGCUCACCUACACGCGCGGGAGCGUCAUUCCAUGCCUGAUGACCGUGGAGACGACCGAUCCCCAAGCCCUGGAUCUGCUUUCCUCGCCGCGUAGCCUCGUUGUCCGAUUGUUACGGCAGAUCGCGACGGGUGAAGCUUCCCUCUCUGUGACUCCACUGGGCGGAAAGAGGCUUCCCGGCCUUGAUUACGAGCGCGCAGUCCAGGGGCUCGCGACCGCCGUGUGGCGGCCUGACAGCUCGCGGAACCCGCACAAGCGUGUCCUACAUGGCGAGAUCCAUCUCCCUUCAAUGCUCAAGCCGACCUGUCACCUAGGCAAGUUCGAGCUGACCGUGAGUGUAUCUGCUCCAGUGGAUUCUCCCGCGUUCACCCAAGGUUUCCCGCAUGCCAUUGUGGCGCAGUAUUCGGUCGCGGUGUACGCGCCCAAGGCGGUAGCGUUCCAACCGGAUGGUGACGCUGAAGCGGUUCUUCAGCAGCUACCUGUGGUCAUUGGGACGGCGUACGCGGCAGGGCCCAGGCCAAGGAUUUAUUCGCCUCCAGCAUACGACGACGCCAGCUCAAGAGCUUCUGAAUUUCUCAUCUUCCGCUGA